AGCGGAACAAAAACGAACUGCGAAGUUCGUGGCGAAAAGAGCACGCGCCGUUCCCGCCACUUUUGUGUCGGAGAAGAAGGCGAAAAUGGCGCUGGACAGGAGACGGAGAGGGCCGCCAUUCGCCUUACCGGAGGUCUCGUCCGCGCCGUCGUGGUUCGAGUUGAGCUCCUUUUUACUGACUUUCGCCGCCGAGGCCGACAUGUUGUCUCGAAGCUGGGUGGACGUUCGGAGGCGUUCGCGAAGGAGCGUGUCUUGGUUCUCCCGGGUUGCAGGAGCGACGUCAAGUAGCAACGUGCUGCUGGAGGCUGGCUAGCUUGCUUGCUACUGCUGCUGCUGCUGCUUCCGCCGCCGGAGGAGGAAGCGAAGGCGGCGAUGGAGAGCUCCGCCUCUAGAAGUGUGUUGCAAUGUCUGGUGUCCCUAAUGAAGUGGCCAGUGAAGAGGAUGAGGGAGGGUGUGUGAACAUGUGCUCCUGCAGCGUCCAAUGGCUGGGACUCGCAUCUUCAUCAUCAUCAUCACCCCCCCCCCACCCCUCCCUCCGCGGUGAAGGAGAUUGGCUGGGAGUGUUGUGGUGUGGGACCGGGACGCAGCAGGCGGGAGGACACGCUGCGUGACGCUGUCCAGGAUGUAGGAGGAGAGCGACAUCUUCAAGGACACACGUGGAGGAAGAAGAAGAAGAAGAAGGUAGGACGCCUCCUUCUCACUUUUGUCCACUUGGGAGUGGAAGAGGUGAUGAAGAGGAGGAUGACGAAGGUGUCUCCGCGGGCAGGAUGUUGUCCACGGCUCAGCAGAUGCUGCAGGACAGUCGCUCCAAGAUGGAGAACAUCCGACUGCAGAUCAUCAAAGUGGCCCAGGCGGGGGGCGGCCAGGACCACGCCCACCGCGACCACGGUGGAGGGACGUCUCAGCCGGCCGUCAGCCCGGAGGACGCCCGCCUGGCCGAGCUGCAGUACUACAUGCAGAGAGAGCACGAGGCCUGGGAGCGGGCCAAGGACCUCCUCAGCCGGACCGAGGAGACGUCCUCGCCUGACCGCGCAGAGGCGGAGACCCGCGAGCGCGAGUCCUCACAGAAGUUGAGGUUGCUGCGCGUCGCCGUGGAGACGGGCCUGCACGACGGGAGGGUGGAGUCGGCCCACAAGCGCCCGGCGGCCAGCUUGUCCGGCAGACCGCCGUCACUAACGGGGAAGCUGGAAGUUCGACUCCUCGGAUGUGAGGACCUCUUGUGUCCUCCCAUUCACCUGGACCAGGUCCCCGAGGAGUCUCCGGCUGCUGCCACACCAUCAGCCCAGACCCGCGCCGUGCUGAAGCUGGACGGCAGACCGGUGGACAGGACGCCAUGGACCAAGCUGACCUGGGAUCAGACCUUCUGUCUCCGACUGGAGAGAUCUAGGGAGCUGGAGGUGGAUGUCUUCUGGCGGGACGAGGAGACCAUGUGCGGCGUGGUCUUCCUGCGCCUGGAGGAGCUGCUGGACCACCAGACCUGGUCCUCGCAUGCGUGGCGUCUGGAACCACGAGGUCUCCUCCACGUCCAGUGUCGCCUGGUGGACGUGCUGGUAGAACAUCCGCCCAAACUCAGACGUCAGAGAUGCAUCUUCACCAAAGAGAGAGGUAAGAAGUUUGUGCGCGCGGCUCAGAUGAACAUGAACUUCACCACCUGGGGUCACCUGAUGAUGAACGUCCUCCCCCGCUACGCCUCCUUCAGCACGCUCAGCUCCACCCUCGCCGCUGCCAUCGCCGCCGAGCGCACGCCGCCCAGAAGUCCUCCCUGCCACCAGGAGGCGACACAGGGCGACCACAGGGCCUCAACCACAGUCUUGCUUCAAGGGCAGCUGUCGUCCUUCAGCAGGAGCGAAGAAGACGAGGAGUCACCUGCCAAGAUGCGAGCCGAGGACCUGCGCUACGUGUCGGUGCUGGGCCGAGGCCACUUUGGGAAGGUUAGCGGCCUCCCGUCCGUGGACGUGGUCUCAGCCCGCGGCGUCACCGCGUCCUCUCUCUCGUCUUCUCCUGUCAGUCUCCCCUGGAAAUGUUGUGUCCAGGUGCUGCUGGCCGAGUCCCGCAGGAGCGGCGGACUCUACGCCGUCAAGGCCCUGAAGAAGAGUGAGGUGGUGACGCGGGACGAGGUGGACAGCCUGAUGAGCGAGAAGAGGAUCUUCCAGAUGAUCACCGCCUGCGACCAUCCCUUCCUGGUCCACCUCCACGCCUGCUUCCAGACCAGCGAGCACGUGUGCUUCGUCAUGGACUACCUCCCCGGGGGGGACCUCAUGAUCCACAUCCACAACCAGGCCUUCAGCCAGGAGCAGACCAGGUUCUACUCGGCCUGCGUGCUGCUGGCCUUGGACUUCCUGCACGGCAACAGGAUCAUCUACAGAGACCUGAAGCUGGACAACCUGCUGAUGGACGCCGACGGCUUCGUCAAAAUGACCGACUUUGGCCUUUGUAAAGAAGGGAUGUCUCACGGGGACCGGACCUCCACCUUCUGCGGGACGCCGGAGUUCCUGGCGCCGGAGGUUCUGACGGACGAGGACUACACGCGGGCCGUGGACUGGUGGGGGAUGGGCGUGCUGAUCUACGAGAUGCUGGUGGGCGAGGUGGGUAGUUUGCCACUAAGGGGGCGUGGCUUCCUCUCUGACCCUCGCCGUCCUGCUCCAGUCUCCCUUCCUGGGCGAGGACGAGGAGGAGGUGUUCGACAGCAUCGUCAACAACGACGUCCACUAUCCCGCCUCGCUGCCUCCGGACGCCGUGGCCAUCAUGCAGAAGCUGCUGAAGAAGAACCCGCUGAAGAGGCUCGGUGCUGGAGAGAGAGACGCCAACGAGCUGAAGGGAGAGACUUUCUUUCAGGAAGUGGAGUGGGAGGCGCUGCUGGCCAAGAAGGUGAAGCCUCCUUUCCUGCCGUCCAUCAAAGAUUCGGCCGACGUCAGCAACUUCGACAGCGACUUCACCAGCUUGCAGCCCGUCUUGUCGCCGCCCCCCCGACCAGGCAGCUUGUCAGACGAGCAGCAGGGAGCCUUCGCCGACUUUGACUUCUGCGCUCUGCACGGCUGACCUGGGAUGGGUUGUCCCGCCUGCUUUGUGCUCACCUAAUCCAGGAAGUGCGUCCUGCUUUGAGAAGCUCCGCCCACGACUCCUGCAUGGCGCCCGACGUAGCAGCGCAAACAAAAUAAAGAAGAAACCGUCCAGCUACAGUACAUGGGUGUCCUAACUUUCUCCCCUAGGGGCCAUUUUGAUUAUUUGUCAUUUUCUAAAGCCACACAAUAUUUACUUUUUUUUUAACCUUUUCAGGACCCAAAAGGGUCUCAGUCAUAAAAAUGCUACAAAUAAGUCAUAUAUUGUUUAUUUUUGCAACUUUUAAAUCUAUAGAUCAACAUCAGAUCUACCGUAUUUCCUUGAAUUGCCGCCGGAGCGCUAAUGAAUAUAAAACCUCUUCUGCGCUUACCAAAGGCAUGCGGUAAAAGUAAGCAUGUGCUAAUUAAUUUAAAACCUCUUCUCACUCCUGCGCUUACCAAAGGCAUGCGGUAAAAGUAAGCAUGUGCUAAUUAAUUUAAAACCUCUUCUCACUCCGGCACUUACCAAAGGCAUGCGGUAAAAGUAAGCAUCCCCUAAUUUUUUUAAAACCUCUUCUCACUCCGGCGCUUACCAAAGGUAUGCAGUAAAAGUAAGCAUGCGCUAAUUAAUUUAAAACCUCUUCUCACUCCUGCGCUUACCAAAGGCAUGCGGUAAAAGUAAGCAUGUGCUAAUUAAUUUAAAACAUCUUCUCACUCCUGCACUUACCAAAGGCAUGCGGUAAAAGUAAGCAUGCGCUAAUUAAUUUAAAACCUCUUCUUACUCCUGCACUUACCAAAGGUAUGCAGUAAAAGUAAGCAUGCGCUAAUUAAUUUAAAACCUCUUCUCACUCCUACGCUUACCCAAGUCAUGCAGUAAAAGUAAGCAAACGCUAAUUAUUUUAAAACCUCUUCUCACUGCGGCACUUACCAAAGGCAUGCGGUAAAAGUAAGCAUGCGCUAAUUUUUUUUAAAACCUUCUCACUCCGGCACUUACCAAAGGUAUGCAGUAAAAGUAAGCAUGCGCUAAUUAUUUUAAAACCUCUUCUCACUCCGGCGCUUACCAAAGGCAUGCGGUAAAAGUAAGCAUGCGCUAAUUUUUUAAAACAUCUUCUCACUCCUGCACUUAUUAAAGGCAUGCGGUAAAAGUAAGCAUGCGCUAAUUAAUUUAAAACCUCUUCUCACUCCUACGCUUACCAAAGUCAUGCAGUAAAAGUAAGCAAACGCUAAUUAUUUUAAAACCUCUUCUCACUGUGGCACUUACCAAAGGCAUGCGGUAAAAGUAAGCAUGUGCUAAUUAAUUUAAAACCUCUUCUCACUCCUGCGCUUACCUAAGGCAUGCAGUAGAAGCAAGCAUGCGCUAAUUUUUUUAAAACCUCUUCUCACUCCGGCACUUACCAAAGGCAUGCGGUAAAAGUAAGCAUGCGCUAUUUAUUUUAAAACCUCUUCUCACUCCUGCGCUUACCAAAGGCAUGCGGUAAAAGUAAGCAUGAGCUAAUUGAUUUAAAACCUCUUCUCACUCCGGCACUUACCAAAGGUACGCAGUAAAAAAUUUGAGUGUGAUGUAAGCUUGGACCUUAAAUCCUACUGAAUAGCUCUUAAUCUUCUUCUCUUUAUAUGAUUUCAAAUUACCGGUAUUGAAAUCAGCCUCCUCCAUUUUGAAAGUGAUGACGGGGAAGUGUCACGAGUUUGACCAGGUGGUAAUACUAAGCAUGCACUAAUUAUUUUGCGAAGCAAGUUUGACCCGGCAGUAAUUCAAGGCAGGCGCAUACUAUUUGCCCUGCGGCAAUUCAAGGAAAUACGGUCUCUAUAUCAAAAUACAGUUUGUUUAUUUCAUUUUAUAAUAGAGCGGCCAUGCCAGCAACUUGACGGUUCCAGGUUUGAUCCCCGCUUUCGCCAUCCUAGUCACUGCCGUUGUGUCCUUGGGCAAGACACUUUACCCACCUGCUCCCAGUGCCACCCACACUGGUUUACAUGUAACUUAGAUAUUGGGUUUCACUAUGUAAAGCGCUUUGAGUCACUAGAGAAAAGCGCUAUAUAAAUAUAACUCACUUCACUAUUUUGUUGCCGACUCUUUUGUUAAAGAAGAUUAUUUGUAUUAUGGCAAAAACACAAAAUACAUAAUAGGUUUUCCCCCAAAAAUGUUUUCAAAGUGUAAUAUUAGAAGUGAAAUAAUUAUAGCAUUAAAUAUGUCAACAAUUCAUAACAACAUUGAUUUUGAGCCAUUUUUAUUUUUUGAGCUAAAACUCUUGGGGAUCCAACAUCAAAAGAAACAACUCAUUUUUAACACUUUUGUAACUUUUAUGUUUAAAUCUCAAGAUCAACUUAAGAUCUGUUGAUCACAAGUUUGUAUUAUUAUUUUUUGUUUAUUUUAUGCCUUUUUUAUCAUAAGAACUUAGUUUUUUUACGGCAAAAAGACAAAAAAAAAGCAAUAAUGUCCCCCAAAAUAUUUACAACUGGAAUAUUUCAUGUAAAACAACAGAAGCUUUAAAUAGGUCAGUAAUUCACAACAACAUUGAUUUUAAAUAAUUAUUAUUUUAAAGCAAUGACAAUGUUUGAAAAUAAUCCCACUAAUAUUCUUGGGGACCCAAAAGGGUCCCACUCAUUGAAGUGCUAAAAAUACACUUUUUUAUUUGUAUGCUUAAAUCUUUAGAUCAAUUUCAGGACUGUCAAGUAUUUAUUUUAUUUUUUUAAGUUUUUUGGGGUUGUUUUAUGCCAUUUGUUGUUGUUUUUUAUGGCAAACACAAAAUUAGCAAUAUCAGUCAUACAAAUAUAAAAAAGUAAUUAAUUUUUUUUCCAACGCUUAAAUCUUUAGAUCAACUUCAGGUCGGUUUAUAUAAAGUUUUUUUGUUUUUUUAUAUUUUAUUUAUAAAAAUGUAAAUAGUUUGUCAAUAAAAUAUAUAUGGCAAAACACAAUAUGCAAGCAUUUCCCCAGAAAAAUGUUCAAAGAGGAAUAUUAGAUGUGAAGUAAUUGGAACACUAAGUAGGUCAAUAACUCAUGACAACAAUGAUUUUGAUUCAUUAUUUUUUAAGCAAUGACACUUAAAAAAAAUCUCACUAAGAUUUUUGAGGACCCAAAAGGGUCCCACUCAUAAAGGUUUUAAACAAGUAAUACAUCAUUUUUAACCUUUCACUUCACAAUUAAAUCUCGAUCAACUUCAGAUGUUUCUGUCUAUUGCAAGUUUUAUUUUUUAGUUUUUUUAAUGUAAUUUUUGUCAUAGAAAAAAACACAAAAUAUGCAAUAUUUUCAGAGUGUAAUAUUUGAUGUGGAGUAGUUGGAGCCUUGAUUAUGUCAAUAAUUCAUAACAUUCAUUGUGAUUUUUUUUUUAACAAGAGAAAAAACAUCCUGUAUUGCAACUUUUUAUUGUUAAUUUCACCCUUUUAUUACCCUUUUUGUGUUCUUUUUUUUAAGUAAUAUUUUUGGAAUGAGCUGCGGGCCGCACUUUGGACACCCCUGAUAAUAAAUAUACUAAUAAAUGGUCCCCAAGUUGUUUAUUUGUCACAGUCGUUGUCCACGGCAACGAUGAAUAAAUAUAAAUAUGUCCACACCAAUAAAUACUGUACAGGGGAGGGGGCGUGUCCUCAUGAAAAAGACUUACUAACGUAUGAAUGAAUGAGAGCAUUAAUAAACAUAAUAAUGCAUUCAUCUACAUCUUCUCUGCUCAUUGGCUUCCUGAUUUCUUGUUGGAUUGUUCUACUUCCUGUCGGAUUCACAACUUGAAAACAUUUUGAGGGUUUCUGAUCUACUUCCUGUCUGAUUCAAAAGAUGAAAAAAGUGAUCUUGAGGAUAUGAACUUCCUGUUUCUCAUCUACUUCCUAUCUGAUUCAAAACAUGGAAAAAAGUUAUCUUGAGGGCAUGAACUUCCUGUUUCUGAUCUACUUCCUGUCUGAUUCACAAAAUGAAAAAGUGUUGUUUUUUUAAAGGCAUAAACUUCCUGUCUGAUUCACAACAUGAAAAAAGUGAUCUUUGAAAGCAUAAACUUCCUGUUUCUCUUUUACUUCCUGUCUGAUUCACAACAUGAAAAAAAAGAUCUUGAGGGCAUGAACUUCCUGUUUCUGAUCUACUUCCUGUUAUAUUAAAAACAUGAAAAACAUUUAUUUUGAGGGCAUGAACUUCCUGUUUCUGAUCUACAACAUGAAAAAAGUUAUCUUGAGGGCAUGAACUUCCUGUUUCUGAUCUAAUUCCUGUCUGAUUCACAAAAUGAAAAUUUAUUUUUUUUAAGGCAUAAACUUCCUGUUUCUGAUCUACUUCCUGUCUGAUUCACAAAUUGAAAAAAAAAGUGAUCUUGUGGGCCUGAACUUCCUGUUUCUGAUCUACUUCCUGUCAGAUUCACAACAUGAACAAGUGAUCUUGAGGGCAUGAACUUCCUGUUUCCAAAUCUACUUACUGUCAGAUUCACAAACUGGAAAAAAGUGAUCUUCAGGGCAUAAACUUCCUGUUUGUUAUCUACUUCCUGUCUGAUUAAAAACAUGAAAAACAUUUAUUUUGAGGGCAAAAACUUCCAGUUUCUGAUCUACUUCCUGUCAGAUUCACAAAAUGGAAAAAAUUGAUCUUGAGGGCAUGAACUUCCUGUUUCCAAUCUACUUCCUGUCUGAUUCACAAAAUGAAAGUUUAUUUUUUUUAAGGCAUAAACUUCCUGUUUCAGAUCUACUUCCUGUCUGAUUCACAAAUUGAAAAAAAAGUGAUCUUGUGGGCCUAAACUUCCUGUUUCUGAUCUACUUCCUGUCAGAUUCACAACAUGAACAAGUGAUCUUGAGGGCAUGAACUUCCUGUUUCCAAAUCUACUUACUGUCAGAUUCACAAACUGGAAAAAAGUGAUCUUCAGGGCAUAAACUUCCUGUUUGUUAUCUACUUCCUGUCUGAUUAAAAACAUGAAAAACGUUUAUUUUGAAGGCAAAAACUUCCAGUUUCUGAUCUACUUCCUGACAGAUUCACAAAAUGGAAAAAAGUGAUCUUGAGGGCAUGAACUUCCUGUUUCCAAUCUACUUCCUGUCUGAUUCACAACAUGAAAAAAAGUGAUCUUGAGGGCAUGACCUUCCUGUUUCUGUUCUACUUCCUGUCUGAUUCACAACAUGAACAAGUGAUCUUGAGGGCAUGAACUUCCUGUUUCCAAUCUACUUACUGUCAGAUUCACAAAAUGGAAAAAAGUGAUCUUCAGGGCAUAAACUUCCUGUUUGUUAUCUACUUCCUGUCUGAUUAAAAACAUGAAAAACAUUUUGAAGGCAAAAACUUCCAGUUUCUGAUCUACUUCCUGUCAAAUUCACAAAAUGGAAAAAAGUGAUCUUGAGGGCAUGAACUUCCUGUUUCCAAUCUACUUCCUGUCUGAUUCACAACAUGAAAAAAAGUGAUCUUGAGGGCAUGACCUUCCUGUUUGUGAUCUACAUCCUGUCUGAUUAAAAACAUUAAAAACAUUUAUUUUGAGGGCAUGACCUUCCUGUUUGUGAUCUACAUCCUGUCUGAUUAAAAACAUU